UAUUUAAAUAUACAAUUUAAUUGUAUUCUCUUAAAAAUAUUAAAUCUAUAUUUUAUGGAAACUUACCCUCAAGAUAUAUAUGUUUAUGGGUGAAAUUGAAGACGCUUCCAUUAAGUGAGGUGACUGGUGUAUUGGAUGUUUAAUUCAUCAUCGGCAUUGCAUGACAGUUGUUGAAAUAACAAGUGGUUUAUUUUUAAAAGCCACAUCUUUAAAAUUUUAGGUUCACAUAGUAACAGUAGACAUCAUAAGGGCAUUGAAAAGAAAACCAGCAGAAAUCGAAGCAAACAUGUCCGGAGAAGUGCGUUUGAGGCAGUUGGAGCAGUUUAUUUUAGAUGGGCCAGCUCAGACCAAUGGGCAGUGCUUCAGUGUGGAGACGUUACUGGACAUACUCAUCUGUCUUUACGAUGAAUGCAAUAAUUCUCCAUUGAGAAGAGAGAAGAACAUUCUUGAAUAUCUAGAAUGGGCUAAACCGUUCACUUCUAAAGUGAAGCAAAUGCGAUUACAUAGAGAAGACUUUGAAAUAUUAAAGGUGAUUGGUCGAGGAGCUUUUGGGGAGGUUGCUGUAGUUAAACUGAAAAAUGCAGAUAAAGUCUUUGCCAUGAAAAUUCUGAACAAGUGGGAGAUGCUGAAACGAGCUGAGACAGCAUGCUUUCGUGAAGAGAGGGAUGUGCUGGUUAAUGGAGACAGUAAGUGGAUAACCACUCUGCACUAUGCUUUUCAGGAUGACAAUAACUUAUACCUGGUUAUGGAUUAUUAUGUUGGUGGGGAUUUACUUACUCUGCUCAGCAAAUUUGAAGAUAGAUUGCCUGAAGAGAUGGCUCGGUUUUACUUGGCAGAGAUGGUGAUAGCCAUUGACUCAGUUCACCAGCUCCACUAUGUUCACAGAGACAUCAAACCUGACAAUAUAUUGAUGGAUGUGAAUGGACAUAUUCGUUUAGCAGAUUUUGGUUCUUGUCUGAAGCUGAUGGAAGAUGGAACGGUCCAGUCCUCAGUGGCAGUUGGAACUCCAGAUUAUAUCUCUCCGGAAAUCCUCCAGGCUAUGGAAGACGGAAAAGGCAGAUAUGGACCAGAGUGUGACUGGUGGUCUCUGGGGGUCUGUAUGUAUGAGAUGCUUUAUGGAGAAACGCCAUUCUAUGCAGAAUCGCUGGUGGAGACAUAUGGAAAAAUUAUGAAUCACAAAGAGAGAUUUCAGUUUCCAACCCAAGUGACUGAUGUGUCAGAAAAUGCUAAAGACCUUAUUCGAAGACUCAUUUGUAGUAGAGAGCAUCGACUUGGCCAAAAUGGAAUAGAAGACUUUAAGAAACAUCCGUUUUUCAGUGGAAUUGAUUGGGAUAAUAUUCGAAACUGUGAAGCACCUUACAUUCCAGAAGUUAGUAGCCCAACAGAUACAUCAAAUUUUGAUGUGGAUGACGACUGUUUAAAAAAUUCUGAAACAAUGCCUCCACCAACACAUACUGCAUUUUCUGGCCAUCAUCUACCAUUUGUUGGUUUUACGUAUACUAGUAGCUGUGUUCUUUCGGAUCGGAGCUGUUUAAGAGUCACAGCAGGUCCCACCUCACUGGAUCUUGAUGUUAAUGUCCAGAGGACUCUAGAUAAUAACUUAGCAACGGAAGCUUAUGAAAGAAGAAUUAAACGGCUGGAACAGGAAAAGCUUGAACUUUCUAGAAAACUUCAAGAGUCAACACAGACUGUUCAAGCUCUACAGUAUUCAACUGUUGAUGGUCCACUAACAGCAAGCAAAGAUUUAGAAAUUAAAAGUCUGAAAGAAGAGAUUGAAAAACUAAGGAAACAAGUAGCAGAAGUAAAUCAUUUGGAAAAACAACUUGAAGAAGCUAAUUCUGUGAGACGAGAACUAGAUGACGCUUUUAGGCAAAUCAAAGCUUUUGAAAAGCAAAUCAAAACUUUGCAGCAGGAGAGAGAAGAACUAAAUAAGGAUCUAGUCCAGGCUAGUGAGCGAUUAAAAAACCAAUCCAAAGAGCUGAAAGAUGCACACUGUCAGAGGAAACUGGCCAUGCAGGAGUUCAUGGAGAUCAAUGAGCGACUAACAGAAUUGCACACCCAAAAGCAGAAACUUGCUCGCCAUGUCCGAGAUAAGGAAGAAGAGGUGGACCUGGUGAUGCAAAAAGCUGAGAGCUUAAGGCAGGAGCUGCGCAGAGCAGAAAGAGCCAAGAAAGAGCUGGAAGUUCACACUGAAGCUCUAAUUGCUGAAGCAUCUAAGGACAGAAAGCUCCGGGAGCAGAGCGAACAUUAUUCUAAGCAACUGGAAAAUGAAUUGGAGGGACUGAAGCAAAAACAAAUUAGCUACUCACCAGGAAUAUGCAGCAUAGAACAUCAGCAAGAGAUAACUAAACUGAAAACUGACUUGGAAAAGAAAAGUAUCUUUUAUGAAGAAGAAAUAUCUAAAAGAGAAGGAAUUCACGCAAGUGAGAUUAAAAAUCUGAAGAAAGAGCUGCAUGACUCAGAGGGCCAGCAACUUGCUCUCAACAAAGAAAUUAUGGUUUUAAAAGACAAAUUGGAAAAAAACAGGAGAGAAAGUCAAAGUGAAAGGGAAGAAUUUGAAAAUGAGUUCAAACAACAGUAUGAACGAGAAAAAGUAUUAUUAAUUGAAGAAAAUAAAAAGUUAACGAGUGAACUCGAUAAGCUGACGUCCUUGUAUGAGAGCUUAAGUUUGCGCAACCAGCACUUAGAAGAAGAGGUCAAAGAUCUAGCAGAUAAGAAGGAAUCAGUCGCCCACUGGGAAGCCCAAAUCACAGAGAUAAUCCAGUGGGUGAGCGAUGAGAAGGACGCGCGAGGCUAUCUUCAGGCCUUAGCUUCUAAAAUGACUGAAGAAUUGGAAGCGUUAAGAAACUCCAGCUUGGGGACCCGAGCAACAGAUAUGCCCUGGAAAAUGCGUCGUUUUGCCAAACUGGACAUGUCAGCUAGACUAGAGUUGCAGUCUGCUUUGGAUGCAGAAAUAAGAGCUAAGCAGGCCAUCCAGGAAGAGCUGAAUAAAGUCAAAGCAUCUAACAUCAUAACAGAAUGUAAACUGAAAGAUUCAGAGAAGAAGAAUUUGGAACUGUUGUCCGAAAUUGAGCAGCUGAUAAAGGACACUGAAGAGCUUAGAUCUGAAAAGGGUAUAGAGCACCAAGACUCACAGCAUUCUUUCUUGGCAUUUUUGAAUACGCCUACCGAUGCUCUGGAUCCAUUUGAAAUUGCAGACUGUGCUCCACUUCCUGUUCACACACCAACUUUAAGGAAAAAGGGAUGCCCAGCUUCAACUGGUUUUCCACCUAAGCGCAAGACUCAUCAGUUUUUCGUGAAGUCUUUCACUGCCCCUACCAAGUGCCAUCAAUGUACCUCCUUGAUGGUUGGUUUGAUAAGACAGGGCUGUUCCUGUGAAGUCUGUGGGUUCUCAUGUCAUAUAACUUGUGUGAACAAAGCUCCGACGGCUUGCCCGGUUCCUCCUGAGCAAACUAAAGGUCCACUUGGUAUAGACCCCCAGAAGGGAGUAGGGACGGCCUAUGAGGGCCAUGUCAGGAUCCCUAAGCCGGCGGGAGUGAAAAAAGGGUGGCAGAGAGCACUGGCUGUGGUCUGUGACUUCAAACUCUUUCUUUAUGAUAUCGCCGAGGGAAAAACGUCGCAGCCCAGCUCUGUCAUUAGUCAAGUGAUUGACAUGAGAGAUGAAGAAUUUUCUGUGAGUUCAGUCUUGGCUUCUGAUGUUAUUCAUGCAAGUCGAAAAGAUAUUCCCUGUAUAUUUAGAGUCACAGCUUCCCAGCUCUCAGCACCUAGUAACAAAUGCUCCAUCCUGAUGCUUGCAGACAGCGAGAAUGAGAGGAAUAAGUGGGUGGGAGUGCUGAGUGAACUCCACAAGAUCCUGAAGAAAAACAAGUUCAGAGACCGCUCAGUGUAUGUUCCCAAGGAGGCGUACGACAGCACCCUACCCCUCAUUAAAACAGCGCAGGCCGCUGCCAUCAUAGAUCAUGAACGGAUAGCUUUGGGAAAUGAAGAAGGAUUAUUUGUUGUGCAUGUCACCAAAGAUGAGAUUAUUAGAGUUGGUGAUAAUAAGAAAAUUCAUCAGAUUGAACUAAUUCCUAGUGACCAGCUCGUUGCUGUGAUCUCAGGCAGAAAUCGGCAUGUCCGACUUUUUCCUAUGUCAGCUUUGGAUGGACGAGAGACGGAUUUUUAUAAACUGGCCGAGACUAAAGGUUGCCAAACCAUAGCUGCUGGGAAAGUGCGCCAUGGAGCUCUGUCCUGCCUGUGUGUGGCCAUGAAAAGACAGGUCCUCUGCUAUGAACUCUUCCAAAGCAAGACCAGGCACAGGAAGUUUAAGGAGAUUCAAGUCCCAUGUAAUGUCCAGUGGAUGGCCAUCUUCAGUGAACAUCUCUGUGUGGGAUUCCAGUCAGGAUUUCUCAGAUACCCCCUGAAUGGCGAAGGAAGUCCAUGCAAUAUGCUCCAUUCAAAUGACCACACACUGUCAUUCAUUACACACCAACCAAUGGAUGCUAUCUGUGCAGUUGAGAUCUCCAACAAAGAGUAUUUGCUGUGUUUUAACAGCAUUGGGAUAUACACGGACUGCCAGGGCCGAAGAUCUAGACAGCAGGAACUGAUGUGGCCAGCAAAUCCUUCCUCCUGUUGUUACAAUGCACCGUAUCUCUCCGUUUAUAGUGAAAAUGCAGUUGAUGUCUUUGAUGUAAACUCUAUGGAAUGGAUACAGACUCUUCCUCUCAAAAAGGUCCGACCUUUAAACACUGAAGGAUCAUUAAAUCUUUUAGGUUUGGAGACCAUUAGAUUGAUAUAUUUCAAAAAUAAGAUGGCAGAAGGGGAUGAACUUGUAGUUCCUGAAACAUCAGAUAAUAGUCGGAAGCAAAUGGUUAGAAAUAUCAACAACAAACGGCGUUACUCCUUCCGAGUCCCAGAAGAAGAGAGGAUGCAACAGAGGAGGGAGAUGCUACGAGAUCCAGAAAUGAGAAAUAAAUUCAUUUCUAACCCAACUAAUUUUAACCACAUAGCACACAUGGGUCCUGGAGAUGGAAUACAGAUCCUAAAAGACCUGCCCAUGAACCCACGGCCUCAGGAAAGCCGGACAGUAUUCAGUGGCUCCGUCAGCAUUCCCUCCAUCACCAAGUCCCGCCCUGAGCCAGGCCGCUCCAUGAGUGCCAGCAGUGGCCUGUCUGCACGGUCAUCAGCCCAGAAUGGCAGUGCACUAAAGAGGGAAUUCUCCGGAGGAAGCUACAACACGAAGCGACAGCCCAUGCCCUCUCCCUCGGAGGGCUCUUUGUCAUCAGGAGGCAUGGACCAAGGAAGUGACGCCCCUGCGAGGGACUAUGAUGGAGAGGACUCUGAUUCUCCAAGGCAUUCCACAGCUUCCAACAGCUCUAACCUGAGCAGCCCCCCAAGCCCUGUUUCACCUCAAAAGACUAAGAGCCUGUCCCUUGAGAGCACAGACCACGGGAGCUGGGAUCCAUGAGCCCAGGACCAGUGACUGCAGGCAGGGACUCUGUACUCCCACUCCGACAACGUGCCUGGCAGCAGCUUUGCCUUCUGCACAGCUGCAAUGAGGAUUCCUCCACAGCCAGGCCCGCUUCACCCUCCCCCCCUCCCAGUCCCCCAGGUAGCUUCUGUAGACAGACUGCGCAGACGCAGCGCUAAGAGUAGACCGGUUGUGUUCUCACCGUAGCCCUCACGUAGCGCCCAGCAGCCUCCAUGAGCGUCAGCCGACUGUUGCCAGGAAAUAAACCCUCACAAAUUAAAACAAUGCAUAUUUUACUACAAUACAGAGUUUAAAUAAAUACAUAGAUGUAGAAGUUAAAUACUGAAUGUAAAUAGUCAAAGAAGCAUCUUGUGUUUGAUGAAAGAUGGAUGCAUAUAUAAGAAAGAUCAUUUAAUUUAAAGAAAUGUGUUGUUUGUCUGUUUCCCAGCUAUGUCAUAUACAGGGUAGAAAGGCCUCAAGUGACAUUUGUAAAGAGAUCAAAAGUCAGGUCCCUGUGGUGUCUGUCCUCAAGCAGAGGCAGGCUGAGGUCACAGGGAAAUCUAAGAACUGUUUAGAGAUGAGUCCCAUUGGUGGGUGUGACCUGGACACCAUCAGUGGCGGUGAAGCCACUCGGAGGCACACUUGCCUCCAAGUGUGCAUUUUUCUCCAGCUAUCAGUUAGAACAUGUCCCCCACUUACUAUAUUUUGAUAUCUCGCACAGAUGAAUGUGAAACAGUUCUGUUACCUUCCAGCCCUUCCCAUCAUAAUGGGAAGUUCAUGGCUUCUGAGGAUCAUGGAAUGGUUAGGCAGCUGCUUUUUUGUCCCGGCUAACCCUUACCCCUCUCUCGGUUGCGGUGAGGAGUCUCUGGACUAAGCACAACUUCCCUGUUUGGUUAAGGGUGGCUGUGAACACACUCCUGGGGAAAGUUCCUCCUUACUACAUCAUGUAAAACCUCAGAAGGAGAGGCUUGAACAGCCUUGACCAAAUAUGCCUUCCCACGUGAGGAGACAGUGGGGGCCUGAGGUGUGCUGGCCACCGUGGACUGAACCAGCUUUCCCUCUGGAUAUCUGCUGCUGCACUUGUCCCAGGAAGCAAGAGGAAGACCAGGAUUCCUCUACUCACACGUCCACCAGCUAAGAACACAGGAGGGAAAAGGCGGAACGUAGUGCCCAGGGAGUAAAGAGGCCUGUCGCUUAAUUCUCACCUCUUUGGGGUUGGAAGAGCCACUGUUUCCCAGCCACAUCUAAAAUACAUUUCCAAAGUCACUAACCUACCAGGCAUGCUGAUCAUCUGGCCCUGUGGGUCAGAUUCCCCAGUCACACGGCUUUAUGGAGGGAGGGUGUUAGAGAGUUCAGGGAGGGGAGAUGGGGUCUUUGUAAGCAGCAACUUUGACAGACACUCUAGAGUCUCCAGCUCCAACAUAAGCACGUUCUCUUUCGGGCAGGCGCUGUGCCAUUAUCCGUUUAUCCUUUUGGAAGUGAAUCAUAUAAAAAUAACUUGUGUACACCCAAAACAAGGGUCAGAUCUUUAGUUUGGUCAGAGCCUAUUAUUACAUCUGCUUGAACUGGGCACUUUGCUUAAAAGAGCUGCCUCCCCUGCCCUCUGUCCUCUCCCUCUUCUUUCUCCUUCCCCCAGCAGAAACCUGACCAGGCUGAGCCCGACUGAACUCCACACCCUGAGCCUUUGGUUUGUAGUUUUGACAACCAAUUGUGAAUUUUUGUUGCCUACAGGUGCUUGUUUGUAAAAGAACCCUUUUAGUCUAAACCUCCACAUCCCUAAAGCCCAGCUCCACUAGUUGCUCCCACCCCUGCUCUGCCCCAAGGACCCCUGCAGAUUGGUGGUUUUCCCACUGCAGUCAAAGAACUUGUCAGAAGCUGGGGGAAAGCAUGGCGAAAGACGACUAAUAAGUUUCCAGGAGACAGAAACUAAGAUUCCUCAGAACACUCAACAGCAAAGAUUAGAGACAAGAAAGGCCUUGGGUUUAGGCCCUUCUUGACAUCACUCUCCCUACCCCACGCAAGGUAUAUGAAGGUGUGUGGCAGUGGGAGUUGAUCCAGAAAUGGAAAAAAAAUUAAGAGACAUUUCUGAUACAGUAUCUAUGGGUUAGUACUUGGUGCUAUGUCCAGGCGGUAUGCUAGCUACCCUUUGAAUUCUGGCUUAUCUGUUAUGUGGGGUUUGGGUGGGUAUACAAAAUAUAUUACAGGGUUUGGUUUUGGUUUUGCCAAAAACAAGAGCCUUCCUAUCAAUGAUUGCUAAAGCAGAUCUCAUUCAUAUAUACAUAUAUGAUUUUUAAAAAUUUGUAUGCAUAUUCUCUGUGCUUAGCCAUUUGCGUUCUUUCCCAGUGAGCACAGCGUUAAGACUGAGGAUAACUGUGAUGGCCUGUUUGGCUUUCCAACGAAUAGCCAAGCUUAGGGAACACAUCUGGAAUCCUGUCAUUCCCACCAGCCCUUCCUCAGCUAUUCCUCCUCCAUGUUGGAAUCCUGUCAUUUUGUUAACUUAGUGGCCAUGUUUAUUUCUAGGCAAGUUCAGCUGUCUUGUGUAGGUCCUCAGGUAUCAUUAAAGAGAGAGCAGAGCAGAGGGACAGCCUCCAUUCCCAGUGCAGCAGCCCACAUGCAGCCUUGACAGUGACCACAAAUUCAAUUCUCCCAGCUCAGCAGACCCAGCUGACGCCCCUCCCCAACACAGGUGCACUUAAAACAGCUGCCACCCUGCUGUAGGUCACAGUCUGCUGCAGCCCAAGACCACUGGCCCCUUCCAGUCCCACCUGGCCCGCUGCAUUGCAUCACGCUGUGCCCUUGCAGUGGCUCAUACCUUGUUGGGACCUUCAGUCUUCACAAGUCCAGAGUUCCGUGCAGAGCCCUGCUACAGUGAGUGUCUCCUGCCAGCUCCAGUACCACUCUCCCGUCCCAGGGACAGCUUUACACAGAGCCCUAUUUCAGUUUUAGGAGACUGACUGCUGUAAGUCAGCCUUGAUGCCAUUGAAAAUAAAAUGACCUCCUUAUUUGAUAGAAUAACAACAUUUAUUUUAUACAUUUUUAGGAUUUUUUUCCUCAUUGUAAUAUUGUACAGUUUUGCAUGGCCUCAGUGUAAUCAUUUUUGUUAAGAAUAUCAUGCUGACCAGUGUGUGUGUGAAGGGAAGACACUGCUUUGGCCUCUUAGUCUCACUUGGUUUGUUUUCAUCCCUGAUGUCCUAGGGAAUUUCCUCAGAGUAUCUGCUACCGAACUAUGAUGUGGAUUCUUUUGCACAGAACUAUUUAAAGUGGGGUGGUCAAAACUGUAACAAAGGAUUUCUCACCAAUAUUUUAUGUUGGCAUCACCUAAUUAACAGACUUUGAUGUACUGCAAUAAAAUAAGGAACUGUUAGCAUUGA